AAUGAUCUAACCUAAAUUAAAUUAAUUUUUGUAAAUAUUUUUGCUUUAAAUUUUCGUUAGUUCAUUGUGUCUAUAAUUCUUUAAAGGAAAUAUUGUAACAGUAAUUGUCUUCACUCAUUUUUGCUUUAAUUUAAGAUGUUUAGGUGCAUAGGCCUCUUGGGACGUUUAGUGCAUAACGAUUUGCCAGGACAUAUAGGACUUUAUUCCAAAGUGAAGUCAUUAAGAGUUAAUAAUUUAAAUAUUCAGCAACAGUCUGUUGUCAGGUUUUGUGAUCAACUUAGAGAUAGUAAUGCCUCAAUAAAAACCACGAAAAAAGUUGGGUUUAAUAUAAACGACUUAUUGAGUCACAUCAACAGUGGCAAAACAUUUUACCUAAAGCAACUAAAAAACGUCUUUCACACUAUAAAAUUCGACACUCUAAAGUCAGAGGAUGCAGAGCUUCUCUUGAAAUGUUGCGGUUCCUUAAUACCAGACUCUUCUCGGAUACAAAGAAACGCUCUGUGCCAAGAGGUGUUUAAUGGUCUAAAGCAAGCUGACAAUUUAAACACUGGCAUCAUUAAUCGAUACAUAAAGACUUGCACUGAAAACAAUUGUCCAAUUACUGACAAAGAGUUUGUAUUAAAAUCUCAACCGAAUUACGACACUUAUAAACUAUUGUUAGAGAAUGUUUCUCAAUUUGGAAACGUUCAGGAGGUGUUAACACUUUUAGAGGUAAUGAAAACUAAAGAGAUCUCUUUAGGAAGUGAGAUGGUCAACAGCCUUAUUUUGGCUCAUACAAUCAACGGAGGUCUAAAGUCCGCUCAGGCUGUAUUGGAUGCAAUGAGGUUAGUGCAUAUGUCUGAUAAUUAUUAUGCAAAAUUGAACCUUCUUAAAGGACUAAUAAGGAGGAAAGAUUUGAGUGAGUUUAAGUUGGCUGCAGUGGACUAUCAUGUGAGUUUAACUGAGGAGGACUUUUUGGACUUUAUCGAGGAACUCGGUGUUAAUAAAUUAGACUCUUGGUUAGAUGAAACAGAGAAGUUUUACAAGCAUAUUCCAAUAAAUAGAGACCUGCAACUGAAAAUUGAGAAAAUAUGCAUUCAUUUGGUUCACAUGGAGCAACCGAGGGCGGCAAUGAAUAUUUAUAAGAGAUUUGUUGAGCCACAAUUGGACGUUUAUUAUGGAUAUUGUGUGUUGAAGGAGAUGCUGCAUUGUGAAGUUGACAUAAAACAUAUAAUUAAUGAGGCCAAAGACUUAAUUGAGAAAGACCUAAACCCAUAUAUAUUGGAAAGUUUAACCGAGUUAGCGUUGAAAUUUAAAUACACACAUCAAGCGUGGGAGCUAUUAAGGAGUUUAAAUACUUUAAGGCCUCACUACUUUUGGCCUUUACUAAUUCAAGCUGGAAAUGAGAGAGGAGAGAUCGGGGUUUUAUCAACGUUAAAGACUAUUAAGGAGUUUAAUGUAAAACUGAAUGCAGAGACCUUGGAGCACUAUAUCCUGCCCUAUUGUGAUGUGGCCAAUUUUAAGUUGUUGAUAAUUAAGCUGCAGGCUGUCGGGUUUACUGUGAAAGAGAUCGUGAGUCCUUUGUUGGGGGUUUUGUUGCAGCAAAAGAAGACCAAACGUGCUGCCGAUUUAUGUCGAAACUAUAACGUCGAAAUUUUCGGAGAAAACUUCAUAUAUUCACUAGCGAAGGCCUGGACGGUCACAAAAGACUCUGUGUCCGUUAUAACUUUAUUUGCCAGAUAUUGCGAGUCCAACAGAUCAGAGGGAGACAUCGUCGGAAAUUUCCUAAUAACAAUUUUGAAGUCUGACUUGAAAGAGUUUCGGUCUUUUAUCAGAUUAAUUCAGCUUAUAGGUAAACAGAGACUCAGAAUUAGCCCUCAGUCAGCUGAAGUCGUGCGUGAGAUGUGUAGUGAUUUGGUUCCUACGGAUUUACGGGGAGAACUUGAGUCUGCUUUACAUUCAGUGGUGGAUUUAGGGCUGAAUUUUAUUGAUGAAGUUGUAAUUCCGCAUCCGAAAAACAUGGACAUAGACGGCCUGGAGAGCCACCUGAUCGAGCUGCAAGCGAAAAAAAUGGAAACGCGCGGCGUCUUACGCAAACUGAUCCAGAUGCAUGCGGGAAAAGGCGACGUGCACCGGGUCAGGCAGUUACGCCGGCUGUUCCUCGAAUCAGGAUACGAGGAAUCGGCGGGUAUAAAAAGCUCGAUAAUGCACAGUUACGUGCUCGCCAACCAGUUAGAGGAAGCUUUAAGGCUGUACGAGGAACUGCUUAGUUUGCAUCCGACAUUUAGCUUGGAUAGUUUUAAGUUUAUCGAUCUGGUGAAAUUGCUAAUUGAGAACGACAGGUUCGAGGAGGGGCGUGGGGUUUUGGAAAACGAGUUGUCCAGAUGUAAAAAAAAUGGGAACCCCAGUACGAUUUUGAGGAAUUGCAGGGAGUUACUUGGGGCGUGUCGUACGCCAAAGGAAGUGGAGUUGAUCUUCGAUUUAUUGAUUCGAAGUGGAGUAUGCGCGGUGAAUAAUGUGAUCCUGGGACCGUUGGUUAGGAUACAUAUUACACGCGGAAACAUUGACAAAGCCGUGAAUAAAUACGUCGAAUUGGCGAAAAAGUACAAAUGCACGCCACUGCAACUCGAAGUGUUCCGUCAAGUAAUAAAUCUAGAAAAUGGGGAGCAAUUGGAGCAAGUUCUAAAUGCCACCAUAGAGGUGCAUGGUGUACCUGCGGCUCAUGUGGGUUUAAUAGCGGCUCUCGCUGAAAACGGACAAGAAAACGCUUUAAGGAAAUUUUUAGCGAAUAUAAAACAUCCUAUCGCGGGCCUUUUACAAAACAGAUGCAAACGAUGGGUUCAGGAGCAUAAAGUGGAACCUCUGAUAUGUUUAGCUAAAGCCUUUUACAGGUUACCAAGGGAAAUCUUCGAUGUUGGGUUCAUUUAUAAUUGUAUCUUUGAUGUUUUCGACAUUACCGGUGACUAUGAGGAAGCGAGCGCGUUCUUUGAGCAACUUCCUGAAGAAUUCAAGAAUUUAAAUAUGGAGAAGUAUUUCCGUAAAAUUACAGAAAAUAGAAACGCUGCAUCGAAACUUUAAACGAUACGAAAAAUUAAUUGUAAAAUAAAUUGUAGAUAGUC